AUGCCACAUCAGAUCACCCUCCUCCUGCUGCUGCUGCACGUGGCUCUGAUGCUGCACAGCCUGCCGGCAGAAGCGGUGCGCGUCCGCAAGAAGGUCCCCAGGACCCGGUCCUGCCUGGACCUGCCGGAGGAGAUCCUGGAGCAGAUGUUCGGGCGCCUCUCGGUGGGCGUGAUGAGCGCCUUUCACCACGCGCUGCAGCUGGAGCCGCGGGACAAACUCAACCUGACCUGCCCGACGGCGGCACGAGACGCGGCCGACGGCAAGGCCCGCCUGCCGGUCAACCUGCUCAGCAUCUCCCCCUGGGCCGACAGGAUCUCCUACGACCCGGCCCGGUACCCCCGCUACAUCCCGGAGGCCUACUGCCUGUGCCAGGGCUGCCUGGCCGGGCCGCACGGCGAGGACCGCCGGCGGCUCCGCAGCACGCCGGUCUUCGCUCCCUCCGUCGUCCUGAGGAGGACCGGCUCCUGCGCCGGGGGCCGACACUCCUACGCCGAGGUCUACGUCUCCAUCCCGGUGGGGUGCACCUGCGUGCCGCGGCUGGAGAAGGACCCGGACGGCCGGGCCGCCAACCAGAGCCUGGACCGGGCGCCGCCCAAGGCCGGGAGGCUUCUGUCCGGGGGGAAGAAAGUAUGAAGCCCUGCUCCAGCGCCGCUCCGCCCGCCUUCUCCGGACGUGAAGGACUGGAAUACAACAUGCUGCUUGGAGGAUCUGCAUGUUCUUCCUGUUCGUUUCCUUCCACAGCCCAAAAACAGGCUUGAGCUUAAACUGCUGAGCUCCGGAUCCAAGUUCCACAAAUCAGUACAGGGUUGGUUUCAUGGGUUGUGAGAGGAUGAAAGUCAUUUUUCCUUUAUUAUGAAACUGUCUGAAGGUGUUUGGUCAGGAAGACACGGUUCGUCAGGAUUCAGCACCGGCAUGAAAUAAAGGGGUGAAAAUGAUGGAACUGGACCAACUGUCCCUGAACAUGAAGAUCUGUCCUGAUGCGUCGUGUUCAUUAAAUGAUCAAUCUUUCUUCAGUGAAGCAAAUUUUAUUUUAGUAUAUUAAACAUUUGGGAGGGUUUCAGCUUUCACAGGAGCCAUUUCUA